GCUCCUCUCCCAUCCAUCACCACAAGCACCUCUCCACUGUCACCAGAAAACCUUACAAUUAUUGGCUUUUUACAGUUUCAGUAACUGCAAGAAUUACUGGCUUUAUUUUUCCCUCCUUUUUCCUCACGUUUUUACCCAUUUUUGGCAUGUCACUGAGCCAUUUUUUCAGGAUGAUGUUUUUUCAGGAGCAUCAAGCGCCGAUGGCUGGUAAUAUACCUCUUUGAGUGGGUAAAUAUUUCACGGACACCGGUGAAGAGAAGAGCCAGAAGGAGAGAGAAACCUCCCAACGCAGCCGACACAGGGUUGGAGGAGGAGGGGGGGAACCCAGCGGCAGUAGAAAAUGGCUGCCAUGACAACAGUGCCCAGCUAUACCCCUUCGCUGUGGGUGAGAGUGUGUCACGCCCUCCCCCGGCUGGACUUCACCAUGCAGAUGAAGGACAACGUCUUCGUCCCUGACAGCUGGGAGUACCAGCAGACUCUGCUGGUUUUGUCCAGCUUAUCAGCCAUCGCUCUCGUUAUCUCUCUCCUGGUGGUGCUCUCCUUCCUCAUACACUACUGCUGCUGUCACCGUGGCGACCGAGGCGAGGGAUCAGAGGAGGAGGAGGAGGAUGAGGAUGGCAGCACGGGUCACGGUUACAGCGGGAAGAAGGGGAGGGGCAUCUGCUGCGUCACGUGGGUGGCAGUGGCGGCCGUCACGCUGUGCUGUGUUGCCAUAGGCAUCGGUUUCUAUGGCAACAGCGAGGCUAAUGAUGGGAUGUAUCAGUUGACCUCGUCUCUUCUCACAGCCAAUUAUACGCUAGCUUCCAUCGAUCUGCUGAUUUCAGACACGAUUGCUGGGCUGCAGCUGUCCAUCUCUGGCCCUCUGACUUCCAUGGAGGAGCUCUUUACCGGCAGUAAACCAUUCCUGGUGUCGACGCGGAACUGCCGGAGGUUAUCUGAGAAUGUGAUCAACCUCCUCUCCUCCAUCUCUCUGGCCCGCUCCAGUUUGGACGUAGACCUGGGGAAUGACAGCAGUGUGAGCGGGGCAUCUAUCAUCCCUCUGACCCCUGUCCCCCCUUCUGUGGCUCCCACAGUGGUGCCAACCAGCAGCUUGAUGCCCAACCCCUUCUCACCUGGCUGGGCUGCUAACACACUGAUGGUCAAUGAGGACUACAGGUGGUUAUCGUAUGUGUUGCUGCUGCUCCUCGAUCUCAUAGUGUGUCUCUUCAUUCUGCUGGGACUGGCCAAGCAAGCUCGCUGGCUGCUCAUCCUGAUGACCGUGCUGGCCUGGCUGGCUCUCUUCCUGAGCUGGGGCUCCCUGGGUUUGGAGACAGCGACUGUAGUGGCUCUCAGCGACUUCUGCUCAGAUCCAAACAUGUUUGUCCUCAACUCCACCCAGUUCAACUCCGGGACCAGCUCAGAUGUGUUGGAUUAUUACCUGACCUGCAGCAGGCGCAUGAACAGUCCGUUCCAGCAGCUGCUGACCCAGUCACAGAGGGCGCUAUCCAAUAUCCACACACAUCUCUCCAGUCUGGACAGAAACGCUCUCACACAGUUUCCCAAAGCUGAGAAAUCACUCAGGGAGGUUCAGCAGAUACUUAACUCCACAGAGGGAAACUUUCAUCAGCUGGUGGCGCUACUGAACUGCAGAGGUCUUAAUAAGGACUACAUCGACUCUUUGAAAGGUCUGUGCUAUGAUGGGAUGGAGGGACUGCUCUACCUCUCUCUCUACUCAUUCCUCUCUGCUCUGGCCUUCACUGCCAUCCUCUGCUCCCUACCUGGUGCCUGGAGGAGCUUCCCCAGUGAAUCGGAGGAGUACGAAGACUCAGACAGCGAGAGUGAGGACCCCUUCACCUCCCAUCAGGCACGUAGACCUCAGGCCUCGGGGUCUCAGCGAGGGGCCAUGGCCCCCUUCUAUAAUUACCCGGGGGCCGGGUGGACACCCCCCUUUUCUAGCGCGCCGCCCCUCCCGACUCCAAACGUUUCCUCCAAUGGCAACCCUGGCUAUGAGAGCCUCCCCUUGACUGACAGGCAGUCCCCACCCCCCUCUUACUCUCCCAGCAUGCUGACUGGUUAUGGGGGAAGUCAAUCACACCCCAAUCCUGCCCAUUCGCGGAACCUGUAUUCACGUUGAUUAUAAUUUUUUUUUUUUUUUUUUGUUAGGAAAUGUAUAGAAAAAAAUCUUUAGUUUUCAUAUGAAUGGACACUUUACUGAAAUGAAAAAGAAACUAAUCUAAAUAAAAUGAAUGCUAGGUGUCAAUUAAAAGUGCGAAACGUCAGUACCACUAUGAUAACUAUUAUUAUGAGAAGCACUUAAAAGAAGCAGGUUUAAAGGGACUCUCGACUCUACAGAUGCUGGUCUGCAAAGCUAUGAACCGAGUCUUCUUGGUCUAAAUUCUUCCCCCUUGUCUGUCAAAACUCUGUGUAAACUGUGAACAGUGGUGAGGCAAGUCAGAAUGGUAUUGACGUUACUACGUUGUAGUUUUAUAUUCUUAAUGUAUCAGUACCACCAAUUUAUUUUGAAGUUUUUAUAUAAAUAUUGUUGUAGAAAAGCACUGGCACGUAGCAACAUGACACAUUUUUUCUGUGAAUGGUUAUGCAGUUUCCUCACUUGGUAUCAUUUUUUUUUUAUUCUUACUUUUUAUAGGUGGCAAUUCUGUAUUUUCCUUGUAUUACCUUAUGGUAUUCUGUAUAUCUCACUGUCUAUAAUAUCUGAAUAAUCAUGAACCUUUGGUCUUAAAAAAAUACUUGAGGGCUGCUAAGACCCUGUUUUAAUGACUGAAUGGAGAACUACAACUGCCACUCCAGUCUCAUGAGUGGAGAACUACAAAUCCCAUGCAAUGACAGCAGGUACAUAGCAAUAUGAUCCUUGCUACUGGUGCUGCAGUAGCCCUACCGUAACUAGCAAUAAUGACUAUGUAUAGCAUUGGGUUUCUGAGAUCUCUCCACGAUGUUUUGUGUAUAUAUACGGUACGGUAUGUUGGAGAUUUCAUCAAAUCCCCCUGUCCCUGCCAACUGACCUUGUUAACCCUUGAAUUGAGUUUGUAUGGUUAUCAAUGCUCCUUUUGAAUGGCAUCCUUUUACACUCAGAGUCUAAUAUAAAUAAAAAUAAC